CGCUAGAGUUCACAGCGACCAACGCUUGGUGGGAAGAUAAACACGACAAUGUUGCGUUAUACGAAGACGGUGUUGUAGCCCGUGUCUACAGUUGAUUGAUGGCCUAAGAUGCAAAGUAAGGAGAAGCAGGAAGGAACGCCAUGUUGUCCAGAACUACCUUUGCUUCCAACAUCCCUGUCAUGCUGUCAUAUGCAGCAACAAGCCUCAGAUCAACCUCUGUAUGUUCAAAAUGGCUGAUGCCCAUCAGCAGAAAACUAGGUCAUCAAUUUCACAGCCAACUACAUUCACAACCAAGCAUAGUGACGAACAGAUGCCUGUGCAGAAAAUAUCCUAGAGUAUCACUAUGGCAAUCUUUGAAACCAUUCCGUCAUAAAAGCAAUAUUUCUAGCACUUCUACAAAAGUACGUAAAUGGCCAAAACAUUUUUUAUUGACUCUUGGAAUCAGUUCAGGAGCGAGUGGAACAUAUUAUGCAUAUUUGGAGGAGAAAGACCGGAGGAAAAUACGGGUCACAAUUGGUGGAUUUAGGCGAUUCUGGAGGUCUCUAGUGAUUGGUACUUUAAUCUCUCUGGACUACAAAUGGUCUCUAUGGAACCUGGAUGAGGAUGGAGAGGAAUAUGAUCGGACGAUCAAAGGAUGUCAUCGGCGGGCAGCUGAGAGGAUGUUGCUUGGCUGCUUACAGAAUGGAGGGUUGUAUAUAAAACUUGGACAGGGUCUUGUAUCUCUGAACCACAUCCUACCUCGAGAAUAUGUUGAUGUGUUGGUUGCUCUGCAAGAUAAGGCGCUGGCACGUGGACCACAUGAGGUACAACAACUAUUUUUAGAAGAUUUUGGAAAGACUCCAAAGGAAAUGUUCUCUGAGUUUGAGGAGGAACCAAUUGCUGCUGCCAGUCUCGCUCAAGUCCAUCGUGCUGUCACCCAUGAGGGAGAAAGGGUAGCUGUGAAGGUGCAGUAUAUAGACCUGCGUGACCGCUUCAGUGGGGAUAUUCGAACAUGUGAGAUCCUGUUGCACCUGAUUGGCUGGAUUCACCCAAAGUUUGGCUUCGCCUGGGUCAUUCAGGAUCUGAAGGGGACAUUAGCCCAGGAGCUGGACUUUGUGAAUGAGGGUGGUAAUGGUGAGAGGUGCCAGAAGGACUUGCAACAUCUUAAGUAUGUCUACGUCCCCAAGGUGCACUGGGAUAAAACAAGUAAGAGGGUGCUCACAGCGGAAUACAUUGAUGGCUGCAAGAUCAGCAACAUUGCUGGCAUCAAGAACUUGGGUCUGUCACUGAAAGAUAUAGAUACCAAGCUAGUCAAAUGUUUCUCGGACCAGAUCUUCCUGUCUGGUUUUGUCCAUGCUGACCCACACCCUGGAAACGUGUUUGUGCGGCGGUCUAAACAAGGCGGUGCCGAGUUGGUGCUAUUAGAUCAUGGCCUAUACGACUCCCUCAGUCCCUCUCACAGGGAGUCCCUGUGCCAUCUGUAUAAAGCCAUUGUGAUGAAGAACGAACAAGACAUGGAAACAUACUCCCAGAAUCUAGGUGUUGAAGAUUUCCACAUAUUUGCCAUAAUGCUAGUACAGCGGCCAGUUAGAGUGAAGAACAAGCCUUUGCUCCGCACCAAACCCUUCUCGCGUCAAGAGUGGAGAAACAUGUCCAAAGAGUUACAAGAUCAACUCAAGAAGGAAUUCUUAGUCAUUCAUGAUCGUGUUUUGCAGGUCAUGAAAGAUAUGCCUAAGGGUCUUCUUUUGAUAUUUAGGAACCUGAACACCAUCAGGGCUAUCACUAGGGAACAUGGCCACCCUGUUGACAGAUAUGGCAUUAUGGCUCGCAGUGCCAUAUCAGGAACAGCUCGGCAGCUGGCAGGAGGUCUAAACAUUACCGGGCACCUAAGGGCAUGGUGGGAGAGGUGUGUGUUCGACAUCCGUGUCCACACAGAGAAUGUUAAACACAGACUGACAAUGUUCCUGGCCUUUGCCUUCCUCCGAGUGCUGGAGCUUCUGGGAAGAGCACCCUCUUUGAAGUCCAUCAAACAGUUUGCGGACAAGGAAGGGAAGAGAUUUGAUACAAUCUGAGACCUGGCAGUUUGAAGCAUAUUCAUCAUUGUGACCCUUGUCAUCCAGAGAGGAAAUACAGCAAAGAAGAAGAUUAUUGGAACUGACUGUAUAACAGGGUGUUCAUCACAUGGCGGAGUGUAAUUCCAGUGCCUGUUUGGUGGCGUUGUUGGUGCGGACAGAUUGUGUUAACACCAUAGAGAGUUUUCAUCUGAAAGCUAUGUAACCUUGCAGUUAUGGUAAAGUAGUUAUUAAUAUACACUUUUUAUAGUUUUGAGUAAUUUCUCAAUAAUCAUUGGAAAGUGAUUUGUAUUACAUCAAUUACAUUAAGUACAACGUUACCACUGUUAUACCGAGGCUGUUGUCUCCCACAACUGCUGCUAUAGCGAAAUCUA